CUACAGUGGUUGGCCUUGAUGUAAAUUUCCAGAUAUUACAUCUUGCGGUGAAAUAAGAUUGACUACAUGACAUGAAGUGAGCUCACACCAUAGCGCGUUCUUUUCCAUCAAAUGAUCCAACCUUUUCGGUUUCAAGACUUUGUUUUCUUCCCUCCUCCAGCAGAGCGCAUCAAAGCAACUCAGCAAGCUAGCAGAAAAUUGAUGGGCUUUAAAGAUCACAUUUUUUUUCCUUGGGUUUCAAGCUCCCUCUCUGACUCUCUUCCAUGUUAAGCUACAUUUCCUCCUGUUCUAUCUCUCGUCUACUCCACUGUAUAUAUGAUCAUGUUCUUCUAGAAAAAAAUUUGAAAAAAUUACUUCAUGCGCAUUUCGUAUUCUCAUGUUGUGGUUCUGGAUUUCAGGAAUAGUGGAUUAGGGGGCAAAGAGAGGUUCCGCAUUUAUCAGGUACAGAUCUCAUAAUGGGGAAGUCACCAGGAAAAUGGAUCAAAACUGUGCUAUUUGGGAAAAAAUCAUCCAAAUCAAAUUUUUUGAAAGAAAGAGAGAAACUUGCUAAACAGAAAGAAGCACCAGUUGGUUCCAAGGCAUCAGAAACUGCUUUGUCUUUUGAUCCAAAUCCUGAUACUUUUGCUAGAAGUGAGAGGGAUCCAGAACUGGAAAAUCUUUCGCUACAGAAUCAAGUCGAUAUUGCAGGACCUGAUCAUCAAGAUGCCCCUCCUGAUCCACAGAAAAUUAUGCAGAAGGAAGCUGCAACAAAGAUGCAGGCUACUUUACCUUCUUAUCCAGAGAAAAUUAAGAAGGAUGAAACUGCAAUGACGAUGCAGGCUACUUUACGUCCUGAUCUAGAGAAAAUUAAGGAGGAGGAAGCUGCAAUGAAGGUGCAGGCUAUUUUCAGGGGUUAUUUGGCUCGCAGGGCUUUCAGGACUCUUAAAGGCAUAAUAAGAUUGCAAGCACUUGUCCGAGGGCACUUGGUUAGGAGACAAGCUAUUGCUACUUUAUAUUGUAUGUAUGGGAUUAUCAAGUUACAAGCACUUGUUCGUGGACGAAGAGUUAGGCAGUCUGAUGUUGGGUUUGAAGUGCAAGAGAAGUGCAAUCUUGUGAAGCCUCUGGUUGACAAGCGUGGCAACUCAGUUGGGACAACCACAAAAAUUUCAGCAAAUAGUUUUAUACGCAAGCUUCUUGCUUCAUCAACUGCAGCAACUUCUUUGCAUCUUCAAAAUGCUUCUGGGGAUCCUAAUUUAAUCCUAAGUUGGUUGGAGCGCUGGUCAGCAUCUCACUUUUGGAAACCAGUUCCCAAACCCAAGAAACCCCUAGACUCUAAAUCUCAGGGAAAGCUGGGUAAUAUUUCAAAUGGAGAUGCUCAAAUGAGCAAGGCAAAACGUAGUAACUGGAAGAUUCCUUCUACAAGUUCAGACUUGGUCUCAGUGCAAGAAAAUUCUGACUUUGAGAAACCAAAACGAAACCUGAGGAAAGUUUCAAGCAAGCCAACAGAUCCAGCGCAGGAAAAUUCAGAAAAUGAGUUUGAGAAAGUUAAGCGUAACUUGAGAAAGGUUCAUAACCCUGUUGUUGAGAAUGCUGUUCAGUCAGAAGUUGAAUCAGAGACUGUGGGGCAGCAUUUGGAAAAGGCAGCAAUUACCUCAGGCUCUGGUGUUUCAGAAGAAGGGGUCAAAAGUUCCUAUGAGAAGAAAACAAAGGAUGCAACAUUGGCCAUGUCCAAAGUGCCUGAUGGAGAAAUUACACUUAGAAUUUCAGUUAGCAAGGGGGCACCUGACGUGCCUAGUACUCAAGUGCCUACCGAUGCAGUGCACUUGAGAGAGAUUACAAGUAGAUGUAAAAGCAUUUCCAGUGAAGAAGCUACCGAAGAGCUAAAAGAUCCACGUGAGGGUUUUACUGACGAAAAUUCUCCCCUAACAAACAGACAUUUGAGUCUUAAUGAAGAUUCAUCAAGAAAUGAAAACAAGAAACCCAGUCAAAAAUCUCCAACUCUAUCUAAGCAGGAACUUUUAGAGGAUGGUUUAAAGAAUGGUCCAAAUCCCACUUUACCAAGUUAUAUGGCGGCUACUGAAUCUGCCAAGGCAAAGCUGAGAGUACAAGGAUCCCCAAGGUUUGGACAAGAUGGAAGUGAGAGAAACAACAUUACCAGGAGACAUUCUCUGCCAUCUUCAAAUAACAGUAAAAUUAGUUCACAUUCACCGAGAACACAGAGACCAGCUCAAGCAGAAGACAAAGGGGGACGCAGGAGUGACAGAACAAUGGGUUCUUCUAGAGGUGGCAAUGGAAAGUUAACUCAAGCAGAGUGGAGGAGGUGAUUUCAAUUUUCAACCAAAAAAAAAAAAAAAAAAAUCUUCAGUUUAACAUGAGGAUGCUGAAACUUGCAGAGCUUGUGUAUCUAUCAUAAUAAUCUAUUAAUUGUUGAACUUGAUAGGACUAUAGGAGAGGUGAAUUUGAUCGGCUUGUUUUUUCUUUUGCUGUAUUUGGGCGUUUGAGGGUGAUUUUUACAUUAUAUUGAUUCAAGUUUUUGAAAUGCUGCAGCCCCAAAUUUAAAUCCUUCAUGCCCUUUGGCAUGACCUGGGGGAGUGUACUGCAUUUCAUCGGUGUGUGAUUGUUAACUUGAACCUUGGGUCAUGUACCCGAGGACUAAACUCGCUUCUUGAUAUCAUCAUUCAUUCAUAUAUAUGUAAGGAACUUUCUUGAUU